AAGGAGUAAUCGUCAUGUGCAAUUCUCUACAUCAUAUACAGUGUACAAAUUGACUACAAUGGACAAGCCUAAUGAAGAUCAAAAGAUGCAGGAGCGUUUGGAGCUCGCUGCCAAAUUGGAUGCCGAAUUGAAUGAGUACAUAAACAGCCUGGAGAAGAAAAGUUAUACAGAAGGAUGGCCGGAAGACAAGUGGCAAGAGGAAAUGGAAAAACACCCUUUUUUCAUGAAGAAAUCUCCGGAACCCGGCGACGAACUGUCUCCUUUGAUGGAAGGAUUGCAACAGCUCAAAUAUGGAAUAGAUGAAAAUACCCCCGAAGAAUUGGCAAAUAAUUACAAGGAAGAUGGAAAUUUUAAUUACAAAUAUAAAAAGUAUCGUCUUGCUAUUCUCAGUUAUACAGAAGGAAUACGAACAAGAUGUAAAGAUAAUGAUUUGAUGGCUCAAUUGUACAAUAACAGAGCUGCGGCACAAUUUAUGUUGCAAAAUUAUAGAUCGAGUUUAAACGAUUGUAAGGUGGUUUUAAAGUCCACUAAAAAAGAGACACUAUAUUUAAAAGCUUUGAAGCGAGCUGCUACUUGUAACUUUCACAUUAAAGAUUAUGGUCAAUGUAUUAAUCUCUGCGAUCAAUUUCUUGAUCAUAGUCCACUUGAUAAAACAAUAUUGAAAUUAAAAUCUGAUGCCACAAUUACAAGAAAUUAUUUACAAAGAAAUGAAAGAAAGCAAGCAAAGUUAGAAAAACAAUUGAAUAAAGAGGAGGAGAGAUUGUUAGAAAUAAUUUUAAAAAAAGAUAUUAAUUUAGAACUGGUAAAUGACAAACAAAAGUUAGAUUUGAGAGAUUUAGAACCUCAAGUGCCACAAAUAGCACAAAGUAGAGUGCACUUUGAUGGAAACGAUAAGCUUAUAUGGCCAGUAAUGAUUUUAUACCCAGAGACUCAACAAACUGAUUUCAUUCAAAAUUUUCACGAAGAUACAAUGUUAAUAGAACAGUUAACAGAAAUUUUUGAAGAAUCACCGGAGUGGGAUGCAGAGCAUCGUUAUAUCGUUGAUAAUAUAAAUGUAUACUUUGAAGGCAAAAAUAAAUGUUCCGUUCAUAAAGUAGACGUUCAACUCACAUUGGAUAAAAUAUUACGAAAUAAACAGUUCAUAGUCCGCGGUGGCACGCCGGCUUUUUUGAUAUUCGUAAAAUCCAGUGAAGCAGAAAAACGUUUCUUAGCAAAUUAUUAAAUGUCUAUUAUUGCAUGUAUAUAUAUUUUUUAUAUAUAGUUUGUGAGAAAGAUAGAAGAAAUAUGUACCAUAUAUUAUUAAACUUACAUCAAUAAUGGAGUUAUACAUUUGGAGCUAUAGUCGCAUGGAGUUCACUUGACAAAACUGUCAGUUCACUUGUCGCACUCGAUGAAAUAUAUUAUAGUUUUGCAUAAUAAAACGAUGCCCUGAGACAUUUUUUUGGCACUCCCGAUAUUAUAUGUUUAUUUGCAUGUGAUGUUUAUUCUCGAUAACUUAAUUUCUUGGAAAUAUAUGUUUAACAAUGCUCGCAACUAUGGUUGCGUGAAGAUCACUUGACGGAAUUAUCGCACAUUUUUAUUAUUGAUGCGAUACACUGUAUUUUUGCACAAUACGAUCGUCCGAUAUAUUUCUUCGGCACUCCCGAUAUUACACAAUUAUCCGCAAAUGAUUUUUAUUCUCAAUAACUUAUAAAAUCGCAACUCGAGUCUAAGAGAUAAAUGAGAGUCUUAGACGGUAAUAUCGUAUCAUAAUAUAAUUAUAGUAAUUGUGACCGAAUAAUUGUUAAUCACAGAGAUUAUUUCAUUCCUUCGUUUUGUCGACACUCACGAUAUUCGAUAACGAUUAUAUCUUCACCACAAACGUUCCGAUAUCGCAAAUAAUCGCGCGCGAUGUGCAAUGAUAAUACACGGUAAACGAGCGCGAAGAUAAUUAAGAAGAUAUCUCAAUUUCCGUUUCCGUUAGGGUACCAAUUCCGUGGUCCGAUUCCGAGAUUCCGAAUUUGUACUAUGCAAAUAUGGCGGUAAACGUCAUGACGUAAAUUUCUUUCUUGUUAAUUUCUAUUAAUGCAUAUGUAGAUAAUAAUCGUAUCUAGAUAUUUAUAU